GAUACGAUUCAGUCGGUUCGGGGCACUCAGCGCGCGAACUUCCCUAACCCAUUCCCUUUUGACGGACUAUAAAGGGCUGAGUUUAGUGGUUGCGCCUUUACCUCUAACACCUUAUAUGGACAUUAAAUAAAAUAUAAAAUUUUAUUGGUUCCAACUCGGGCAUUUUUUGCCUAAUUUAAACAGUGUCAAAAACUUUUUAAAGUAUCUUUGUAAAGGGUAAGGAUUAAUUAUCCGUGCCGGGUAUAAUGAUCGGUAUCUGGCACAACCACGACAACACAGUCGCGUUGAGCGCGAGCGGCGCCGGGCGGGGCCGAUAGUACCAAGGAUCGCGCCCGCGCCGCCCGCAACCCCCGCACAACCGCCCCGCAGCCAUGGUGCGCGACAAGAAGCCAACGCAGAAGACCGACUCACAGAAAUCAAGCACGAAUUUAGUGGGCAAGUUUACCCAGAGCGUCCGUCGUAUCGUGCAAGAUGUCAAGGAUGAGGGCACAUCUAGCGGGCAGACGAAGGAAGAGGUGAUAGAAACCAAUGAACGUCUUCGCGGAGUGCGGGUGCGUCUCGACGAGAACUAUGACACGGCGAAGAAGGCGCUUGUCACACUCAUGGCUCGCUACAGCGAGUCCAAGUCCCAGCGAAACGUGUUCACAAGAUACGCAUUGCUCAAAGCUAUGAUAAAGGACGUAAUUCGGCUCGAGACUCAGUACUGGUCGUUGGUGGAGAUCCCUCGCCAAGAGAAGGCGGAGACGGUGCCAGCGUUUGUACUGCGGGCCUGUGCCAUCAUGGAGAAGACGCAGAAAUCUGGUGAAGGGGUCAAGACGUCCGCCAAGUUGGCUGAAGAAGCCGCCGAUAAAAGAGAGCGGAUAGAAAGACUGAAUGAUAUGACUACAAUCCAGAUAGAAACGGAAAACACCCAGAUGACUAAUGAUUUGUACCGUCUGCUGAAAAAAUAUACUGGUCUACGGAACUUAAUAAGGGAAUUAAAGUCGGACUACGUGAGUUCCAAGGUGUAUCCAAUUUUCCCUCGCUACACAAUGCUCAAAGACAUGAUCAAGGACAUCAUGCACGACCCUGACUACAUGGAGGUCUGCCAUGAAGUGGAUCCAUAGCGCGGGGUGCGCAAAUAAAUGAGGCACUCUUUCACCGACCGACAGAGGUCGUGUCGUCGCUAGUUUCGCCAAGGAUGUGCAACAGUUGGAAUUGAAAUGAAUCGGUGAUCUUAUGUCUACCAUCUUGAAAUUGUGCUAUCAAUCGACAACUUGUUAUUUCAAAACUAGUGAUUUUUAUAAAAAGAUGUAAUCAGUUUUAUAAAAUUGCUUUCAUGUACUAAACUUUUGUUUUGAAUAUCGAAGUGUUUGCAACGGUCUUAGUGUAUUUAAAGAUGGCGGAUACAAGAUAUGGUGUGUUGGUGGAAUUGGCGGCGAGUAAUGUGACGAGUACUCGUUUAAUUUGCGCUACUUUGUUCAUUGGACUGUUUAUUUAGUGUAAGUUUAGAUUUUAGUGAGUACUGUACUCGUCCUUAUGUGUCGUUUGAUUUUAAACGUUAUUUUUGUCAGUUACCUUGUGCAAACACAUUCAAAAUCCAAUGUAAUCUUCUAAAGUUUUAACCAAAGCCUCUAGCUGAAUGUAUUCUUGCCUUUUCCUAUUUUUACCCUGUGUUCUUAUAGUCAGUAUUUAUUUCUUCAAUUAUGGUAGUUAUUAUUGUGGAAGCAUAUGUGUCUAUCUACCUAUACAUAUCCUUGUUGUCUCGCUGUAUGAGAGUGGAGCUUUUGAAAACAUAAUCAAAAUUAUCACUAGCUAGUCUAUCUACACAUAUCUUGUCUUAUCAUAUUACUACUAUUUCUACCAUUAUCCCUAAUUAUAUACCUAUAUCAUUUAUCGUAGAAUAUCUGUAAACUUUUGGUAAGUUAUAGAGACCCUGAUUUUCCGGAAAAUAUUAUUCAUACACCUACUUAAUUGUUAUUUAUUGAUAUUUUUGUUUAACCUAGACAACAUCUUAUUAGUUUUUUAGAAUCGCUAUCAAUAUUUAGACUAAUAGAUACUAUCUAGUCCUACCUACCCAUAUCACGCUUAUAUUGAUACUUACUCAAAUGUAGGAUAGCAAUGUAUACUUAUAAGUGUAUGAAUGUACGUGAAUGUAAAUUACGUAGUAAUGCCAUUGCAUGUGUUCAAUAUUGUAACAUUGAUGAAUUGUAUGCUGAAAAGGAAAAACAUCGAUCUCUAUUAAAUGUUACAACUAGAUCCAGCAGGUCACUCUACUCUAAUCUAUUUUAAUCGUUUUGAACUUCAUGUAUUUAAGUAGAAAGUCGAAAAUCCAUUGAGGAAACUUCACAAACUGUAGUAGCUACGUAGCUUGAUGUGCUGAUAUGUACCUUCUUUGUUUGAUUUCCAUUCCUUAAUCCUGCAGUCACUUUUAGUUAUUCCAAUUGUUCUGAUUCUCAGUGUACCUAUGUUAGAUCUACCUAUAUCUACUAUAUUGGCAGUAUCAUCAAUUUAGUUGCACUUUUUAGAGAUAUCUAAUGGAUAGUAUUUACCGUGGCGUACUGACUGCAUAGUGCGUUUGUGCAAAAGAUGAGCAGAUAAAAAAUAAGUGUUAAUUCAUGUUUUGUACUAUGCAUAAUCGUAUUAAUGUAAGACGCUUGUAAGUUAAAUUAAAUGUGUAAAUUAGGAUAAGUUUAAAGAUAAAGAAGUUAUUGGAAACAAGAUGCCAAAAAGAUGUUAAAAUUAAUUACGUCUGCCCAAUAAAAUCAUAUCAAUCUAAUCUAAUCUUCUAGAUUUUUUUCUAUCAAGUUUUACUAUUGACCCUGAACAGAAGAUUCUAGCAAAUCCUGGUAGAUGAACAGCCAUUUUACUUUACUUUACUGUUAUAAUAUGGACACUUACCUACAUCAAAAUAUGUAUAAUGUAGAAAUCGAAUGUUCGACCAUUAAAAAGUGCUUAUAGUUCGUUAGACUCAAUUUUUACUGUUAUAUCAAUGCUUCACUGGUACAGAAAAAUACAAAUUUCUUGUAGAUUUCCAAUAUCGUCCCAUUAUCCAAUAUUGUAGGUAAAGUUUUCUAAUCAAACCCGUAUAAUCGGAUAGACUAGGUUUAUUUUCACUCAACAAUAUUGAAGUAAUUAACAAAUGACGCAAUGACGCCAAUUCCUGAGUACUUUACAUCAAUAAAAAAUAACGUCUAAAUGAUCACUCACUUUUAAUCACAAUAGACAUUUAAGAGAAAGAGAGGGCACUUUUUUACUUCUGUAAUUUUCCAGAAUACAGUUGUAGGUAUGUGCUGAUUCUUUCUUCUCAUAUGUGAUUUCUCCUUAAACAGGAUUUUUUUAAGUGUGGCAAAAUUUUAAUGUGAUAUUUAUUAAAAAAUAUUAAAACACAAAAAGUUUAUCGGUGAAAACGUGUUCUAUUACCAUCACUUAUAGAUGAAGACAUGAAAAUUUUGUCACACCAAAAAACAAACUUAUCCUGUGUACUAGGGAAUUGGAAUCAUUAAACCUAGUUAGGUAUUAUAAGUUACCAAGUAUUAAAUAGACGUACCUAUGUUAAGAAAAUAAAUGGUAAGCUUUGUAUGUCGUAUUAAUGAUUGAAUAUGAAAGCAAAUAGUGAGGUCAAAAUGUUAGAAUAGAAAAAUAUUAUAUGUAUGUAUGUAUCUACAAUAAAAAUCUAUUAUUCCUAGUAUUAGACUCUAGUUUUUUUGGGACUUAUUUAAUGAAACAAGUAUUACUUGUGUAGUAUCAAACCUCUACAUUCCAAUAACUUUUUUAAAAUGCGGUAAGGUAAUGAAAACCCAUCUAUUGUAUCUGAUAUGUAAUAUCCAACUGAAAAGCCUUAAAAAGCCACUUCAGACAUCACAACUCUCGACUACCGACUAACAAUAAACAUCUCAUUAGUUGGGCUAAUGUUAAAAUCUACUUACCAAUUAUUUUGUCUGUUUCAAUAUCUGUGUAAUUCAGUAUAGCUAAUUGUUUUAAGUCUAUUAUUGUAUUAUUUCAUAAAAAAAUGUAUCAAAUAUACCUAAUCAUGUAUUGUAAUAAUAAAUAAAUAGGCCAUUUAUCGUUGGCAGAGGUGCGACUUUAAGUACCUUAAAAUGUAUUAAAAUUAAACAAUAAUAAAAUACUGCCAUUGAAUUAGAGUGGACAUUCUUAUAAUAAAAUUAUUAAUAAGUCAGUGUGAAUGAUAUUAAAAUAGGUCCAAACCUAUACCUACCUUUUAAACUGUUGAAAUGUAGGUAUUAUUUUGUCAGAUGAUCCAAUCAAUUAAAAUAAAUUAUCUUUAUAAAUUGAUUAAAAAUGUUUACUUAUCUGGCGUUUUCAAGCCGAAGUACCGACUUUGACAACGACAAAGUUCGGUCGCUAAGUCGUUAAUUUCUUUAAUAGAUAUAAAACCUUAGCGUUUUGCAGUAAAGGUAAAAGUUGGUUAACGAAAUUACUAACUCAGCGAUUAAUUUCUGCGGGAGGUACUUAAACAUUGUCUUGGCUGUCCAGCUUGAAUAUAAAAAUGCUUGAAUGGAAACGUAAUCCUACCUGUGUUUAAAAUGGCUCAAUGUGUCAGUUUGAAUUAUGUACCCUACCACCUAUACGUAGGUACCUACCGUACCUAUGUAAGGGAAAUAUACCUAUUUAAACUUAGAUAAUAAGUGUCUAGCUAGAUAGUUAUCAAACCUAUGAAUGUCGCUCUUCUUACAAUAAUUUGCAGUAAAAUUUUCAAAAUAUAAGUAAUAAUAACUACUCCUUUGUAUUUUAUAUUAAUCUAGAAUCAUGUACCAAACGUGUAAUUUUUUUUAAUCUGUUAAGGUGAUACUCAAUACCCAUUUAAUUUACUUAAUUAACUGUCCUUACAUUCUUCUACUUCUGAUAUGAAGCUAUCAUGCAAUGUUGCCCUUACAAUAAUAUAAAUAUUUAUAUAUUAUAAUAAUUAAUGCCAGGCAUUACCUACGUUAAGUAGAUUUGUGUAGACGUGUAUUCGGAAUGUCACGCUAUAACGCUUUGUUAUAAAAAUGUAAUACAUUAUUUUUUGUGCUAA